CGCUGUGUUUGUUAUAAACCCGCCUCCUACUGCUGGGAAGACGAGGAGACUGAUUUCUAUAGCUGUCAGUCAACAGCGAUACGAGGGAGGGACCGGCACUGCCCGCAGGUGUUCUCCUGUAUACGGUAGUACUUUCCAAGGCUUCGUUCAGAAAGUGGAUCUGCGACGAAAUCUAGCUACGAAGUGGCUGCGGCAGGCAGUGAAUGUCUGAAGAAUUAGGUGGUGUGCACAUUUGUCAUCCAUCCAGAAGAGGCUGAUAUGAUGUUGCUAUGAGUAAAAUGUUUAUUCUGUAACAGUACAUAAAAAACUGGCAAUCAAGAUGGAAAAUAAUGUAACAACAAUUUCUCGAGAGGAACUGGAAGAACUAAAAGAAGCAUUCAAUAAAAUAGACAUUGAUAAUAGUGGAUAUGUCAGUGAUUAUGAACUUCAAGAUCUUUUCAAAGAAGCAAGUCUUCCAUUACCUGGCUAUAAAGUUCGUGAAAUUGUGGAAAAAAUUAUAGCAGUGACAGAUAGUAACAAGGAUGGCAAAAUCAAUUUUGAAGAAUUUGUAUCGGUUAUUCAGGAACUGAAAAGUAAAGAGAUUAGCAAAUCAUUUCGAAAAUCCAUAAACAAAAAACUGGGGAUUACUGCAAUUGGAGGAACAUCAUCCAUUUCCAGUGAGGGAACUCAGCAUUCUUACUCAGAAGAAGACAAGGUUGCAUUUGUUAACUGGAUAAAUAAAGCUCUUAAAGAUGACCCUGACUGCAAACAUUGCCUCCCUAUGGAUCCAUCAGAUGCUAGCCUUUUUAAGUCACUUGCUGAUGGUAUCCUCCUUUGCAAAAUGAUUAAUUUAUCUCAGCCAGAUACAAUUGAUGAAAGAGCAAUUAAUAAGAAGAAGCUUACAGCAUUUACUAGAUCAGAAAAUCUAGAUCUAGCACUAAAUUCUGCAUCGGCUAUUGGCUGUACAGUAGUUAACAUUGGAUCACAAGAUCUAAUAGAUGGAAAGCCACAUUUGGUGUUAGGAUUACUAUGGCAAAUUAUUAAAGUUGGGCUUUUUUCUGAUAUAGAGAUUUCCAGAAAUGAAGCUCUUAUUGGUUUACUAAGUGAUGAAGAAGAAUUGGAGCAAUUAAUAAAAUUGUCUCCAGAAGAACUUCUGCUACGCUGGGUUAACUACCAUUUGAAUAACGCUGGGUGGAAGAAAAUAAGCAACUUUGGUCAAGACAUUAAGGACUCAAAAGCUUAUUAUCAUCUUUUGAAUCAAAUUGCACCCAAAGGAGGCAACAAUGGAGAAAAAGCCAUUGCCAUAGAUCUUUCAGGUUUUAAUGAACCAAAUGAUUUGAGGAGAGCUGAAUAUAUGCUUCAACAAGCAGAUAAAUUGGGUUGCAAACAGUUUGUGACGCCUACAGAUGUGGUUGCAGGCAACCCUAAACUUAAUAUAGCCUUUGUUGCAAACCUCUUUAACACAUACCCUGCCCUGCAAAAGCCUAAAAACAAUUCUUAUGAUUUCAGUUUAUUAGAAGGUGAAAGUAAGGAAGAGAGAACAUUUAGAAACUGGAUGAAUUCAUUGGGGGUUACUCCUUAUAUUAAUCACUUAUACAGUGACCUUGCUGAUGGUUUAGUAAUCUUUCAACUGUAUGAAAUGAUCCGUGUACCUGUAGAAUGGAGUCAUGUCAACAAACCCCCAUAUCCUGCACUUGGGGGUAACAUGAAAAAGAUUGAAAAUUGUAACUAUGCUGUAGAACUGGGAAAGACAAAUGCCAGAUUUUCAUUGGUUGGAAUCGGUGGAAAAGAUCUCAAUGAAGGCAAACCAACCUUGACCUUGGCACUAGUCUGGCAAUUAAUGAGAAGAUAUACUUUGAAUGUACUAUCAGACCUUGGAGAAGGGGAGAAAGUAAAUGAUGAAACUAUCAUUAAAUGGGUGAAUCAAACUCUUGCAAAUGCAAAUAAGACAACUUCAAUAUCUAGCUUCAAGGACCAAUCCAUAAGCACUAGUUUGCCAAUAUUAGAUUUAAUAGAUGCUAUUGCACCAAAAGCAGUCCACUCAGAAAUGGUCAAGAGAGAAGAUCUAACACCAGCAGACAAGCUAAAUAAUGCUAAGUAUGCUAUUUCUAUUGCUCGGAAAAUUGGUGCUUGUAUAUAUGCCUUACCAGACGACUUGGUAGAAGUGAAGCCAAAAAUGGUCAUGACAGUGUUCGCAUGUUUAAUGGGAAGAGGAUUAAACAAAAUAAAAUAAAGAACAGUUUCUUUUCCUUUUCUGCCAUGAUAAACGCAUUGAAUGCCUCAUUGUUUACAGACUAAUAUAAAGCAGAUAGUUUAUAUAUAUAUAUAUAUAAAUGUGGAAAAGUAAAGAUAGAUUAUUUAAAAUGAUUUCUUUUUUAGUUAUCACUUGAAAUGUGUAUUACAUCAGUAUACUAGCUAACUGUUAACAUGAUGCAAUAAUUGUAAUUAACAUUACUAUGUUCAGCAGCUUUUUUAACCUGUAUAUGAUUUUUCUCAGUGCAAAGAUUCCCAAGAUUAUAAAGUGCUAUUUUAGGAAAUACUGUGAAGUCAACAUUUUUGAUUGAUAAGAUACAUUUCAAUUGUUGCUAGCAAACUUCUCUUGCUAUGGUUAUAAAAUAAGGAGACAAUGUUUUCAAUAAAAGAGAAUAUAUGUAGCUCAA